CUGAAAAAGAAUACUUUGGUUAUAUUCGAAUUUUGUUUGUUUUGUUUGCUGGGAUUGCAAUUUUGCAGCAGCAGCUAAAAAGUGAAUAUUUACAGAAUCACAAUGAUCUAGAGAAGAAAAGUGUAAAGAAAUAUGAAAAAGUCGCGGGUUACGGGUGUACGUGCAUUGCAAAAACAACAAGGACAAUUGUUGAAAAUUCAGAAAGCUCUGGAAUUAUUACUUGUCAAAGUAAACGAGUCGAUUAAUGCCCUCAAGGUGGAGGAACUCCAAUUAAGAUCUUAUGCCGCUUCGGAGAUCACCAAAAAUAUUGAUGAAAAUGAGCCAAGCACUUCCGCUCAAGCAGUUGCAUUAAUGUCAGCUCAUAGUUUGCUGAACAAUGCUUCAGAGCUGGCGACACAAACUGACUAUAACUUAGUAAACCAGCAGCAAAUCAAUUUAGAAUCAUUGUUGACUCCUCUGAAGCGUAAUGACAACGAUUUCGAAGAAGAUGAUGACGAUGAGACUGAAACUGAGGAUGACGGUGAAGAAAAGUUUUUACUAAGUUUAACUUCAGGGAAUAGUAUGCUUUAAUAAAACUAACUAACGAGGCUAACGCGAAAUGAAAAUAGUACAAAGCGUCGAACUCCAAGUGUUCUAAAAAUAGAAGAAAAAAAAAAAAGACUUUCAUCGCUUACAUUUUGUAUAUAUCCACC